AUGACCGAGAGUCAGGAGCAACAACAGGCGGCCCCGGUGCGAUACCAGCAGGAGUACCAGGCCGCCCACCUGCAGCAGCAGCAGCAACUCAUAGAGCAGCUGGGGGCCCAACAACGGCAGCUGAUCGCGGACCUGGUUACCCAACAGCAGGAUUUCCAGCAGAAGUGUAUCCAGCAGCUUGCCGCGGCCCUAGUCCGCCCGGGGGAACCCCUGUCCGGGGUCGCCCCAGGGGCCCCGCGACCCAGCCCCCCAGUACGGUUGACGAAGAUGGGACCCGAGGAUGACCCCGAGGCUUUCCUCGUGACCUUUGAGAGGGUGGCUAUUGUGGCCGGCUGGGUCCCGGAGCAGUGGGCCACCAUCCUGGCCCCCUACCUAACGGGGACUGCCCAGACGGUCUACCGAGGCCUGUCGGUAGAGGCGGCCAGGGACUACAACCUAGUGAAGGCCGCUAUUCUGGACGCCCUGGACGUAAGCCCCGAGACCUACCGACGACGGUUCAGGGGCCUGGCCUACUCCCCGGGGGCCCGCCCGCGGAUGGUGGCUCAGGAGCUACGAGAGACCUGUCGAAAGUGGCUACAACCUGAGCGCCGGACAGCGGAGGAACUGAUGGAGCAGGUGGUUCUGGAGCAAUUUACGCAGGCCCUCGGCCCACCAGCGGACGACCACCUGGCGAAGAUUCCCCUGCAGUGUAUACACGGGGAUGUGCGACGCUACCCCAGCACGCGGGCCCAACUAACCAUCGAUGGGGUCACCCGGCAGAUGACGGUGGGGCUGGCGCCCCGGUUGGCAUACCCGGUGAUCCUGGGGCGGGACUGGCCCACCUUUAACGCCGUUUUACGCCGCCGGCUCGAGGGUAACCCGCAGGCCACGCCAGCGUUGGGAGGGGAGUCCCCGGGGACUGAGGACGACGAGAUAGACAACCCCGUCCCCGCCAAUCCCCCGGGGGGGCGAGAAGACCCUCCUCGGGGGGGGGACUCCUCGGCGCCCACAGAUUUCUGCCGGGACCAACGGGCCGACCCCACCCUCAGACGGGCCUACGAACAGCUGGCCUCCGUAGACGGGACUAUUCUUGACCCCCAGCGUGCGGCGCAGUGGCCGCAUUUUGAGUUACGACAAGAACGCCUGUACCGCGUGGAGAAGGACCCCCGUACGGGGGACAUCCGGACACAGCUUCUCGUGCCGCGGUGUCACCGCCGGGCGGUCAUGAAACUGGCCCACGACGUCCCGGCGGCGGGGCACCUCGGGCAUGACAAAACGCUGGCCAGGAUUUUGGGGCGUUUCUUCUGGCCCGGGGUAUAUCAAGACGUAAAGGACUAUUGCAAGUCAUGUCCAGAGUGCCAGUUGGCCGCCCCUGCCCAGACCCCUAAGGCACCCUUGGUGCCGAUGCCUCUUAUGGAAACCCCCUUCGAACGCGUGGCCAUGGACCUGGUGGGGCCCCUCCCGAAGAGCAGCGCAGGGUUCCAAUACAUCUUAGUAAUGAUGGACUAUGCCACCAGGUUCCCUGAAGCCGUUCCUCUCCGGAACAUCUCGGCCCGCACCAUUGCUAUGGAACUGGUCAAGAUCUUCGCCCGCGUCGGACUGCCCCGGGAGCUACUCACGGAUCAAGGGACCAAUUUUACAUCCCGGCUGCUCAAGCAAGUCUGUGAGAUCCUAGGGGUCAAGCAACUCCGCACCUCCAUCUAUCACCCCCAGACCGAUGGACUAGUGGAAAGGUUCAACCGGACGCUGAAAGGGAUGCUGCGUCGGUUUCCCCCGGAAGACCUUCGCCAGGAGACCUGGGAACAGGCUCCUUCCCCGGCCCAGGGUCUCCUGCAGUAUGUGCCGCAACUACAGGAGCGUCUAAGGCAGGCGGGGGAUCUGGCACGGGAAAAUUUAAAAGCCGCCCAGGACACACAAGCCCAGACGUAUAAUCGAGGGGCACAGACUCGGGACUUCCAACCGGGUGACCGGGUAUUACUCCUCCUCCCGUCCAGUGAGUCGAAGAUCCUGGCCCGGUGGCAGGGGCCCUAUGAGGUAGUCAGGAAAGUGGGCCCGGUCACGUAUGAAAUAAAUCAGCCGGACCGGAGGAAGAAGAACCAACGCUACCACGUCAACCUCCUGAAGCCCUGGAAAGAGCGAGAAGGGCUGUUGAUCAACCCCUACCCGCCCGAACCGGAACUGGGACCCCAGGUUCCCCUUUCCGGGGACACCGAGGAACCCCAGCUCGGGGAGAACUUAACCGAGGAACAGCUCCGCCAGACUCGGUGCCUCCUCCAAGCCUUCUCCCACACUUUCACGGACCAGCCGGGACACACCUCCCUCGUACACCAUCGGAUCCAAACAGAACCCGGGGUGGUGAUACGGGGGACGACCCGGCCCCUGCCCUACCAUAGGAGACAGGUCGUGGAGAAGGAGGUGCGGGCGAUGUUGGAUCUAGGGGUGAUAGAGCCAUCCCAGAGCGAGUGGCGUAGCCCCGUGGUGUUGGUGCCUAAACCCGACGGGUCACAGCGGUUCUGCAUUGACUUCCGCCGCGUCAACGCCAUCUCCAAAUUUGAUGCCUAUCCCAUGCCUCGGAUAGAUGAGCUGUUGGCCCGCCUGGGAGGGGCCCGCUACAUCACCACCCUGGACCUGAGUAAGGGCUACUGGCAGAUCCCCCUAGAGCCCGCCUCCCGUGAGAAGACUGCCUUUGCCACCCCCACAGGUCUCUAUCAGUUCACCAGGAUGCCCUUCGGCCUCCACGGGGCCCCGGCCACCUUUCAGCGCCUGAUGGACCGCCUCCUCCAGCCCCAUCAAGAAUACGCGGCCGCGUAUUUAGACGACGUUGUCAUCUAUAGUCCGCAAUGGGAGACCCACCUGGAGAGAGUCGCAGCCGUCCUGAGAUCCCUGCGGGAGGCCGGCUUAACCGCCAAUCCAAAAAAAUGCCGCAUCGGCUGGCAAGAGACUAAGUACCUGGGGUAUGCUAUCGGGCAUGGGCAGGUAAAACCCCUGAUCGGGAAGGUCCAGGCAAUUGCAAACUGCCCCCCGCCAACCACAAAGCGCCAGGUGCGGCAAUUCCUAGGCUUGGCCGGAUAUUAUCGGCGGUUCAUCCCCCAGUUCGCGGCAAUCGCAGCCCCCUUAACGGGGCUCCUAACAAAGGACAGCCCACGGCAGGUGAUCUGGACUACCGAGUGCGACAGGGCCUUUCGGACUCUUAAGAAGUGCCUCUGCAGCGAGCCGGUCUUGUAUAGCCCCGAUUUUAACCUGCCAUUUGUCUUGCAGACAGACGCCUCGGAAGUGGGACUCGGGGCGGUCUUAUCCCAAGACGUAGGGGGCGAGGAACAUCCCGUCCUAUACAUUAGCCGGAAACUGUUCCCACGCGAAAAGAACUAUGCGGUGGUCGAGAAAGAGGCCCUAGCCGUGAAGUGGGCUUGUGAAGCUCUCCGCUAUUACAUCCUGGGAGUCCCCUUCACCCUAGUCACCGACCACUCCGCCCUUCAGUGGUUAGGCCGCAUGAAGGACCACAACAUGCGGCUGCAACGAUGGUACCUGGCGCUCCAGCCGUUUGCUUUCACGGUCCGCCAUCGGGCUGGUAAGGAGCACGCAAACGCGGAUUUCCUUUCCCGGUUGGGGGGUGUGGAAUGGGCUGGCCCCGCUGCACGGGAACCAGCCUUGGGGGGGGGGUCGUGUAGUGAGGCGGCCUGGGCCCCGACGGCCCCUGAGGGAGAGGAGCCUGAAUUGGCACCCAAGUGGGCGGAGCCACCGCCACCUGUUCCCGCCCCCCGGAAGUCAAGGGGCGGGACAGGA